AUGACUCCCAGAUACCCGUUAUCGGGACUCCGCGUCCUCGAACUUGGCGGUCUAGCACCGGGCCCCUUCUGCGGCCUCCUCCUGGCCAACUGGGGCGCCACCGUUUUGCGCAUCGACCGUCCCGGUCCAAGCCCGACAGGUGACCUUCUCACCUCACACAAAGCCUCGAUUGCGCUCGACCUCAAGAGCACCAAAUCACGGACAAUACUCCUCUCACUAAUCCCCAAAGCCGAUAUCCUCAUCGAUCCUUUCAGACCGGGCGUCCUUGAAAAGCUUGACCUUGAUCCGCAGACGGUCCUCCUCAAGGCGAACCCAGAGCUCAUCGUGGUACGGUUGACCGGAUUUCGCCGCGAUGGCAAGUAUUCCACCCUGGCUGGACACGAUAUCAACUACUUGGCGGUUUCCGGUGUCCUGUCAUUACUUGGCCCUCGGAAGGCUGCGCCGUCACCGCCGCAAAAUCUCCUCGCCGACUUUGCGGGAGGAGGCCUCGCCGCAUUUUCAGGCGUCCUGUUAGCUCUAAUCCAUCGACAAGCUAGUGGCCAAGGUCAAAUUGUCGAGUCAAACAUGGUCGACGGCGUUAGCUAUCUAGCCACGUUCCCUCGUCUCUUGACGAAGCACCAUAUCGGGAUUGGAGAGCGAGGUACGAAUACGUUCGAUGGAGGUUGUCCAUAUUAUAUGUGCUACGAGUGUAAGGACAAGGGUAAGUAUAUGGCUGUCGGGUCGAUGGAACCGCAGUUCUAUGCCGAGCUUCUUCAAGGUCUUGGAAUUAGGCCCGAUGGAGCGGUCCCGGGAGGACUGGAUUGA